AUGGGUGAAUGUCCUGUUCACAAGACUGCCAACGUUGCUGGCCAUGGCACCAGGAAUCGUGACUGGUGGCCAGAGGCUCUUAAGCUUAAUAUCCUCCGUCAACACACCGACGCCACCAACCCCAUGGGCAGUGACUUCGACUACGCUCAGGCUUUCAAGAGCCUUGAUUAUUAUGCCUUGAAGAAGGACCUCCACAACCUGAUGACUGAUUCUCAGGAAUGGUGGCCUGCUGAUUUUGGCCACUACGGUGGUCUGUUUAUUCGCAUGGCGUGGCACAGUGCCGGUACCUACCGAGUCUUCGAUGGUCGUGGCGGUGGUGGUCAAGCUGGCCCGACAACGUCAGUCUCAGACAAGGCUCGCCGCCUGCUGUGGCCCAUUAAGCAGAAGUAUGGCAACAAGAUCUCAUGGGCUGAUCUGCUACUGCUCACUGGUAAUGUUGCUCUGGAGUCCAUGGGUCUGAAGACCUUUGGCUUUGCUGGUGGUCGUCCUGAUGUCUGGGAGGCCGAUGAAUCUGUUUACUGGGGUGGCGAGACUGUCUGGUUCACCAAUGAUGUCCGCUACAAGGCCGAGAAUGACCAGGAGAAGCAGAAGCAGAGUGAUAUCCGUACCCGUGAUCUUGAGAACCCCUUGGCUGCUGUGGUUAUGGGUCUGAUCUACGUCAACCCUGAGGGUCCUGAUGGCAACCCUGACCCCGUUGCUGCCGCUCGUGAUAUCCGUAUUACCUUUGGCCGCAUGGCUAUGAAUGACGAGGAGACUGUCGCUCUUAUUGCUGGUGGUCACACUUUCGGUAAGACCCACGGUGCUGCUCCGGCCGACAACGUUGGUGCUGAGCCCGAGGGCGCUGGUCUUGAGCAGCAGGGUCUUGGCUGGACUAGCAAGCACGGCUCUGGAGUGGGUGCUGAUGCCAUCACUUCUGGUUUGGAGGUCACCUGGACCAAGACUCCCACCAAGUGGAGCAACCAAUUCUUCGAGUACCUCUUCAAGUACGAGUGGGAGCUGACCAAGUCUCCUGCUGGUGCUAACCAGUGGACCGCCAAGGACGCGGACGACAUCAUCCCUCACGCUUUCGACGCCAACAAGAAGCAGAAGCCUCGCAUGCUGACAACUGACUUGUCUCUGCGCUUUGACCCUGAGUACGAGAAGAUCUCGCGUCGCUUCCUUGCUAACCCUGACCAGCUGGCCGAUGCUUUCUCUCGUGCUUGGUUCAAGCUGCUUCACCGUGAUAUGGGCCCUCGUGUUCGCUGGCUCGGACCUGAGGUUCCCCAGGAGACUCUCCUCUGGGAGGACCCUGUCCCUGCUGUGAACCACCCCUUGAUCGAUGUUGAGGAUGUUGCUGAGUUGAAGCGUGAUAUUCUCAACUCCGGCGUUGAGCCCACCAAGUUCAUCUCUGUCGCCUGGGCCUCAGCUUCCACUUUCCGUAGUGGCGACAAGCGUGGUGGUGCCAACGGUGCUCGCAUUCGCCUUGCUCCUCAGAACAACUGGCAGGUUAACAACCCCGCCCAGCUGCGCGAGGUUCUGAACGUCCUGGAAGAUGUCCAGCGCCGCUACAACAGCUCUCAGACCGGUAACAAGCGUGUGUCGCUGGCCGAUCUCAUUGUCUUGGCUGGUGCCGCCGCUCUGGAGAAGGCUGCCGGUAUCCCCGUUCCCUUCACCCCUGGUCGUAUGGAUGCUACUGAAGAGGAGACCGAUGUCGACUCUUUCGGCUUCCUGGAGCCCUUCGCUGAUGGAUUCCGCAACUACGGUCGCUCUACCGGCCGUGUCCGCAGUGAACAGAUGCUCGUUGACCGUGCUCAGCUGCUGACUCUCUCUGCUCCUGAACUGACCGUCCUUAUCGGUGGUCUGCGUGUUCUGAACAACAACUGGGACCGCUCCAACGCUGGUGUUUUGACUCAACGUCCUGGCCAGCUGACCAACGACUUCUUCGUCAACCUGCUCGAUAUGAACACCGAGUGGAAGCCUACUACCGCUGACAACGAGACCUUUGAGGGUGUUGACCGCAAGACCGGUGCCAAGAAGUGGAACGCUACACGCGUUGAUCUCAUUUUUGGUCACCACGCCGAGCUGCGUGCUCUCUCUGAGCUUUACGGUAGCCACGAUGGCCAGGCCAAGUUUGUUCGUGAUUUCGUUGCUGCCUGGGAUAAGGUUAUGAACCUGGAUCGAUUUGAUCUGGCCUACGCCGCUCCUUUCAGCCGUCCUGCACGUCUGUAA